CCCCGCCGAGCUGGCGGCGGCUCGGGGCGGGCGGCGCUGAGAACGGGGAGGAGGAGGAGGAGGAUGGCGGCGGCGGGGGCCCCGGCCGAGCUGCGAGUGCUGCUGGUGCCCCGCUCGGCGGAGCCGCGGGGAUGGGCGCGGGUGCGGCUGAGCAGAGCCCGGGACGCCCUGGGCACCGUGCUGCUCCCCGGCGGGAUCCGCCUGGAGGCGCUGGGGUCGGGCGGGCCCGGGCGGGCCCGGGGCAGCGUCCUGCCGGGAGCCUGGGCCGACUUCAUGUGGGACAGCACGGAAGAUGAUGGUUUGCAAUCAAACAAGAGAAGGCUCCUGGCUCUUGGUCAAAGCCAUGACCUGUUUGUCUACGAAUUCAGUGUAGAGGAUGGAAAACACAACCCCAAUUCCCUGCACAGCUGUAAGGAAGAGACACUCAAAAAACUCCUGGAAGCAAAAAGCAUUAGUCUGCCUUCAAUUUUCUCUGUGAAGAUUCUGUCUUUUGGAAACAACAAGUGCAAACUGCUGCUCAACCAGUUUAUCCUGAUGCACCUGAGCUUUCCUGCGGAGGACUCACCCCUGGAGUCCUGUGAGUGCUUCCCCCUGGCUCUGCCUCCAGAGGCUGCGGGGAGAGUUGCAGACUCCCAGUUCUGCAGGGGGAUCCUGUUCCUGUUGGACAGUGCUGGCUGCAUCUACAUAUUUGACUGCUGUGACGGUGCCACCCUCGGGAAGGUCAGUGUGGCCCUGGCAGCUGGGCAGGGGGAAGGCCCUGUGUCCCCCCUGGCUGGCCUGGCAGUGUCCCCUGACCUCAGCACGGCCGUGGUGACCAACAGCUGCCACCGUGCCCUGGCUGUGCAGCUCAACUCCUACUUCAGACGGUUCCCUGAACAUUUGUUCUGUAAGAGGGACCCUGAAAAUCUUCCAGUGAAGCCUCCAGAGGGUGUGGAUGAGGAUGACCUGGUCAGUUCUGAGCACAGCAUGGAGCUCCUGUCGUCGCCUUUCCGCACAGACAGGUCCUGGAAGGCACAUUUGUCCUCACUGUGGGACAGAGUAAGGAGAAGAAGAACGCCAGCUUCUCCAGACUUGGUGGAUGACUCAAAUUUGCCUUGGUAUCAGUUUUUUACCCAUCUUGAAGACCACGAUCCUGAAAUCUGUGAGGAUCCCGAGAGGAUGGUGGCCUUUGUUCCCCGGGCUGUGACGUGGGCGGCGUCGCGAGCGCUCCAAAGCCAGGGUGCAGCCCCUGGGGGUGCAGGACAGCAGUGGGCACAAAUCCCUGUGGGAGCAGCCCAGGAAGGGGCGAAGCUGGAGUGUAAAGUGGUGACUGCAGCUAAAGCUGUGUUCGUGGUGCUGGCACAGGACACGGGGCUGUCUCUGGUGCUCUGGGAUUUUGAGUCCCAGGACGUGACGUGUUCCCACUUUGGCAGAGGCAGUGUCUAUGUGGAGAGCAGUGCAGAGGUGCCGCUGUGUCUGCUGCUCACGGAGCGUGGCCUGUGCCUGGUCCUGUUUGGAUUAACUCAGGAGGAGUUUCUGAGCAGGCUGAUGAUGUUCGGCAGCGCCGGCGCCGUGGACUCCGUGUGUCGCCUCAAUGGGUGGGAGAGGUGCUCCAUCCCCAUCCACGCCCUCCAGGCAGGUUUGGAGAAUCGCCAACUGGACACAGUGGACUUGUUUUUGAAAAGCAAAGAAAGUGUUUUCAGUCUGUGUGCACCCUGCCCUGAGCACCCUGCGGGUGAGGCCUCCCAGUCCUACCUGAGAAAUUUGGAGGAGCUCAGGCCAGCCUUGAACUUGCUCUGCUCAGCAAUCCAAGACAAUGAUAUGGAGCCUCACAGCAAACCCUUCUCUGAGCAGCUCCUGAACCUCACCCUGACCUUCCUUACCAGGCAGCUGGAGGAAAUCUUUGUGCACACAGAGGAACCUGAUGAGUUCCUGCAGAAGGCUGCAGAUAUUUUAACUGAUUACAUCAUCAAACUGAGGAAAUUCCUGAGGAAAUACCCUCGGCCAGCGCUCCCUGCAGGGCCCACGGGAGCUGAGCUGGAUGAGGACCUGCCUGAGAUAGAGGAGAGCCAGGAGUGGGAAAAGCUGACACCAGAGGAAGUCGUUGCUGAGGCCAUCCUAAACAACAAAAUCCCAGAGGCCCAAAUCUUCUUCCGAAGGCAGCAGCAUCCUGCAGAGAGCCUGCAGGAGUUUAUCCAGACAGGGCUGAACGUGGUCUAUGCCUGCCUGCUGAGGGGCAGCGCCAGGGAGGCCUCAGGGCUGCUGAGGAACAUGGGCUUUGACGUGAAGCAGGAGCUGCACAAGAUCUGCUUCCACACAGAGGACAGACAUGUCAGAGAGCUGCUGGUGAAAGUCUUACAAGAAGAAAAUUAUUUUUCUGAAAAAGAGAAGAAAAUUAUAGACUUUGUGCAUCAGGUUGAAAGCUUCUACUCAGAAUCCUUCCAGGAAAAUGAAGAGACCCAGUCUCUUUGCAGUUCCAGUUUCAGCAGCUGCAGGAGGCAGCAGGAGCCGUGCAGGCAGCAGGAGCUGUGCAGGCAGCAGGCCCUGCUGGGCAGCCCCAGCAGCAGCAGGCUCAGGGUGAUGUUGAACUGGGCUCUCUGGUGGGAUGAGCUGCUGCAGGAGAUGAUUCUGCUCCCCAGGAAACCACGCCAAGAACUGAAGAGCUGCAGUGCUGAGGCUCUCUGGAUGCACCUGACAGCCCAGCAUGACUGGUUCAGCAUUUGUUCCUGGAUUGAGGAGUCAGAGCCCAGCCAGGCCCCGGGUGCUGCCUGGCCCCCCCUGAGCCCUGACAUCGUGGACAGGAGCACCCUGUGCAGUACCUACAUGAGACAGGACAUCCUGAACAAGCUGGCCAGAAAGGGAAUUUUUGUCUGUUCUGAGCUGGAAGAUUUUGAGCUCCUGCUUCAGAGGUUGUCGUGCCUUGGAGGAGUCCUGCAGAACCCUCACCCUGUUCCAAAAUACAGCACUGCCAGUGGCCUGGAUUUCCAUGCUCAGUUUGUCCUGCACUGCCUGGAGCACAGCCUGCAGUACCUGCUGUACACUUACCUGGACUACUACAGUUUAACCCCUUCAAACUGCCCUAUCCUGGACAAGAAGGAGCUGCACGAAGCUCACCCCUGGUUUGAGUUCCUGGUGCAGUGCCGAGGGGUUGCCAGCAAUCCCCGAGAUCCCAAGAUGAUUUUCCAGGCGAGUCUGGCCAACGCUCAGAUGCUGAUUCCCAGCAGCCAGGGGGGUGUGAGCAGCAUCCUGCUGGAGGGCAGGACCCUGCUGGCCCUGGCCACCACGGUGUAUGGGCCUGGGGGCAUCGACCAGGUCCUUCAGAACGAAGACACAGAGAAACCUCUGAAGAAAGUUGAUCCACAGCUCUUAAAAAUGGCCUUGACCCCUUACCCCAAGCUCAAGGCUGCUCUCUUUCCCUCCUGCACUGCUCAUGGAAUUUUGCCUCCUGACAUCUCUCUCUACCACCUUCUGCAGUCACUGAUGCCCUUUGACCCCACGAAGUUAUUUGGCUGGCAGUCAGCAAACACUCUCGCUGUGUCAGAUGCCUGGAGCGAGCUGCCCCACUUCUCCAGCGCCGAGCUGGUGAGCAGGCACGCCGUGCUGGAGAGGCUGGAUUUCCUCUUCUACCUGCUGCACGGCCGCCCCGCCUUCGCCUUCGGCACCUUCCUGGGGCAGCAGCUGGCCAGGAGCAAAACCCCCCGGCAGCUGAUGCGGCGGGCGGCGCGGGAUGCGCGGGCGCUGGCGCUGCGCUGCGCCGGUGCCCCCGCGGUGGCAGCAGCCUGCGUGUGCUUCCUGGAGCUGCUGGGGCAGGACAGCCUGGGGCUGCGCGUGCAGCUCGGCGCCGCGGCGAUGAUCCUGGGCAGCGAGGCCUUGCAGCAGCGCCCCGCCAGGGACUGCCUGGCUGAGAAGUUAACAAGGCUGGCUGAUGGUGACCAAGCAGCAGCAGCAGCAGUGCUGACCUCCUUGGAAGAGGCCUUCUGGGCUGCCAUCGAGCACCAGGGAGUAAAGAGGACAUCCAGUGACUCCAGAAGGCAGUGGUCCUUGGUCAUGCAGUUCUGCAAACUCCAUAACCUGGAGCUGAGCACGUCCUUCCUGCGGGAAUGUGCCAAAUCCAACGAGUGGCUGCAGUUCCUGAUCCAGAGCCAGCUCCACGGGCACCAGCCAGCCCAGGUGCUGCCCCUGCUGCAGGCUUUCCCUGCCGUGGUCCGGGAUCACCUGGCGCUGGCCCUGGGGCGGUUCCCGUGCGCUGAGCGCGGCAGGGCCGGCGCAGGGAGCCUGUUCCAGGUGCUGCUGCAGUGCCAGGAGCAGCGCAGCCCCUGCUGCUUCCUGCUGGCCGAGGGGCUGCGGGCACGGGCGCCCGUGCUGAGCGUGCUGGCAGCCUGCUGCCCGGGUGCAGACCCCAUCUCCUGCCUCUGUGUUUGGAUCAUCACCUCUGUGGAUGAGGCCACCAGGGCUGAGGCAGCCGCCCACGCCCGGGGCUGGGAGGAGAGUGCCCAGUGGGACCUGCAGGACCUGGCUGUCAUCUGGAGAGUCUUCUUGAGGAAGCAAAAGAGUAAAACGCUUCUGAAUGGCUUCCAGCUCUUUCUAAAGGAUUCCCCUUUGCUGCACAUCCUGGAGAUGUAUGAACUGUGCAUGAACUGUAAAAAGUACAACGAAGCUAAAACCAAACUGGACAAAUUUCAGGAAAGCCUCACAGAACUGGCAGCUGCAGGGGCAGCCCCCGAGGUGCCGCUGCCGUGGCUGGAGGCGCAGGCACUGUUCCUGCUGGAGCUGAUGCUGCAGCAGUGCCAGACCCAGUAUGAGCUGGGGAAGCUCCUGCAGCUCCUUGCUGCAGCAGAGAACCUGCUGCUGGAUGGCCCCCAUGUGAGGAGACUCUGUGCCCUCAGCGAGGCCCUGAGGGGCUCCUCCAUCUCCAUCAGCCGCUCCCUGCUGAGCCCCUGCAGCCUGCAGGCGUUCCAGGGGGAGUGCAGCUCCAUCCUGGGCCAGCUGCAGGAGCAGGGGAUGUUCAGCCUGGCUCGGGAGGUGGCGGCCCUGGCCGGGCUGCCCGUGGACAGCGUUGUCACACACGAGGUUCUGAGAGAUCUGCAUCACUUAAGAGACUCUGGACAGUGGCAUCAGCCCCAGACAAGAGCUGAGUUCUGGGCAAAGUGCAACGACACCUUCACCAAACAUUCCGUCUGCAGCCGAGCCGCAGCGGGCUUCUUCCUGCAGCAGGCCGACGACGUGUGGAGCUCCUCGGGGCAGGAGAAGACAACCAGCAUCAUGGAGAGACAGCUGCUGCUCACCCUGGCCGGGCACUGGCUGGCCAAGGAGCCCGAGGUGGCCGUGCAGGAGCUGGAGGAGGUGGAGAAGCAGAUCUGGCAGUGCCGCGUGGCCCAGCGAGCGCUGCCGCCCGAGGGCGCGGGGCAGGGCCCCGCUGGGCUGGGCAGGGCCCUGUCCUUCGGCAGCCUGGCCCAGCAGUUCUCCUUUGCCAGGCUGCCAGCCCUGAACACGGCCCGGCACUGCGGGCUGCAGGCCCCGGCCGCCGCCGAGCCGCGGGCGCCGCUGGGCCGCGCCGAGCGGGAGGCGCUGGCCGCGCUCCUGGGGGCCCUGCUGGACGAGGGCAGCGUGCUGGAGGCCACCCGCGUGUGCCACUACUUCCAGCUGUGGCACAGGGACGUGUCCCUGGUGCUGCACUGCAGAGCCCUGGCCUCGGGGGAGGCUGGCCUGGAGCAGCUGCAGCCCGAGGUGCGGGCCCUGCUGGCGGCCAGGGCGGGCGGCGAGGGCGGCGCGGCCAGCGGAGCCCCCAGCACAUCCAGCCUGGAGGACUGGACCCCUCUGGGGGCCCCGUGUGAGGAGGAUCCCGUGGUGGCAGCACUGAAGGCUCUGGCAGAGGAGUGUGUCCAUGGCAGGGGCUACUGCAGGCAGGUCCUGUGCCUCUACGAGCUCUCCAAGGACCUGGGCUGCUCCUUUGCGGAGGUGUCAGCGCGGGAGCCGCGGGAGGUGCUGGGGGCCGUCCUGGCGCGGCGCGGGCCCGAGCGCGGCCGCAGGGCCCAGGCCUUCAUCGCCUGCCACGGGCUGGGCCCCGACACCGUGGCCCCGCUGCUGGCACAGCAGAUCACCCACGAGCUGCUGGCUUUGGCACAGGGAACAGGGCAGAAGCAGGCCUGGAACCCUGCAGUGGAGAGCCAGGCCCUGCUGCAGCUUGCCAAGCUGUGCCAGGAUCACACCCUGGUGGGGAUGAAGUUACUGGAUAAAAUCUCCUCUGUGCCCUGUGGGGAGCUGUCGUGCAUCACAGAGCUGCUGAUCCUGGCCCACAGCUGCUUCAGCCUGACGUGCCACAUGGAGGGGAUCACGCGGGUGCUGCAGGCGGCCAGGCUGCUCACCGAGGAGCACCUGGCCCCCAGGGAGGAGUACGGGCUGCUGGUGCGCCUGCUGACGGGCAUUGGCAGGUACAAGGAGAUGACCUACAUCUUCGAGCUGCUGCACCACAAGCACUACUUCGAGGUGCUCAUGAGGAAGAACCUGGACCAGAGCGGGACGCUGAAGGCGGCACUGCUGGACUACACCAAGCGCUGCCGGCCCGGCGACAGCGAGAAGCACAACAUGAUCGUGCUGUGCUUCAGCAUGUGCAGGGAGAUUGGCCAGAACCACGAGGCUGCCGCCUGCACCCAGCUCAAACUCAUCGAGAGCCGGCCCUGGGAGGAGUCUCUUCAGGAUGUUGCAAAUUUAAAGAAGCUGCUGCUGAAAGCUGUGACUCUCUUCAUUGAUGCAGCAGAAAGUUACUCCAAGGACUCGUGUGUGCGGCAGGCGCUGCGCUGCCGCCGCCUGACGCGGCUCCUCACGCUGCAGCUGCACUUCCUGGGCUCGGGCCAGAGCACCAGGGUCAUCAACCUGGGCAGGCAGGAGCUGCCGGGGGCCAUCCUGGCCUUGCCCAGGUUCUACCAGGCAGCCAUCGUGGCCGAGGCCUACGAGUUCGUGCCGGACUGGGCCGAGGUGCUGUUCCAGCAGGUGAUCGCCAGGGGCGACUUCGUGUACCUGGACGAGUUCAGGCAGCAGCGGCCGCUGCGGCCCGGCCUCUUCGAGGAGGUGGCCAAGAGGGUCAAACAACAGCCCCCUGCAGAGGCUGCCCUGAGGAACCUGAGGCGGUUCCUCACCCACUGCGAGGACAUCUCCACCUGCUACAGGCUGGCCUACGAGCACAAGCUGUACGACGUGGUGAACUCCCUGCUCAGGGACCCCCAGAGCGCCUGCUGCCUCCACGACCUCCUGUCCCACUGAGCUGAGCCCAGCCCGGGGCAGCCCCAGGGCUGUUAACACAGGCUUUAUCAGUGUCCUGCUCACAGGGCGCUGCUGCUCCGCAGAAAUUACUCCAGAAAACUGCACAGGGUUGUAAGUACUUAAAAUGCUGAGACUGUGUAAAUCCUAAAAUUCUGUGUUGUAUAAUAAAUCUGUAAAUCUUAUGGUUUAUAAAUUACCUGAGUCACCAGCAAACAUUGACUGGCCCAGGUGAAGCAGAGAUCCAGCAGCUCUUUAAAUCAGGGGCAGGGAGCACCCAGGAAUUGUGUCCAAAGAGGCUGAAACGGGUGUGCAGAGAGGCCAGGCCAAGGGGGUGGAAUGGGCAGGAUCACUGAAGGUUUCAGGUACCCAGUAGAAUAAUGUGUCCUUUGAGUCCAGUCUGAUUUCUAAAGUCUUGUACAGCUUUGAACAGCACAUUCCUAAUCCUGUGUCUUGGAGUAAAAGAGAUAACCAAGUGCAAAUGUAUUUUUACAGUUAUUAAAUACAAAUUCCUUUCCAGGCCCAGCACAGCUCGCUUUGCAACUCUCCCUCUUCAGGUAUUUUUCCUGCCAGGCCCCAAAAGAACUGCUCCAAGGCCAGCCUGGUGAAGUCCUCAAUAGUGAUUUUUAUUAAAUUAGUUGCUUUAUAAAACAUUGCAGAUGUUGUAAUUGUUAACAUAACAAUUUGCCCAACUGUAGGAACUGCUGCAGUUUGCUAAGCAAGUUUGGUUUUUAAUGAAAGAAAACGGCUGAGUUGUGAGACACCCACCACAACCCAGGAGAGCCCCAAGGAAGUCGUGUGGUUUGGUUUUUUCUUUUACACUUAACCCCUUAAUUAACUGUUAAAGAACACCCAACCCAGACAGCUGCAUUAGUAGAAAUUUAAAUGAAUGGGACUAAACGUCAUCCUCGAGACACAAGUGGGUUUUGCCUUGCUGUGCCCCAGCAGGUGCUGUUCAGGGGCAGGCUCUGGAGCAGUGGCUGUCCCAGGGAUACGCUCCCAGGUGCAGUAUUCCACACUGAGGUUAGCAGUUCCCUUCCCAAAA